GGUCAGUGUAUCGAUGCGGCGACGUUUGGUUCGAUGGCCAGUUGUACCCCAAUGCAACUCGGUUCGGGAUCGGAUACGGAAGGAGCGUCUUGGGGUAACAAGUUGAGGAUGCAUUGGAGGCAAGGGAGAUUGCACUGGGCGCCCAUCGCCCAAGCUGGUACAUCGGAUGGGCCUGUGAAGCCUGGCUUUCAGGGGGACGCAAUCCCCCUGAAAUGCAGCUUGGUCGAGCUCUCCGGCUAAGUUUGUAAAGGCUUGACCUGAUCCUCCUCCAACGGUGGAGGUAUGAUUAUCAGGGCGUUAGAGCAUCCGCCUCAGGAGCAAUGGCUAACCUUGUAGACCGCAUCAUGGGUCUGACUAGACUACAUGACAAGGAAAAGGAAGCGGCGCUAGGUUUGCUGAGCAGCCCUUCCCAGGCAACGCUUGCUAGAAGGCUGUUGGAAGCUACUCAGGAUGACGAGGAGUUGCUAAAAGAGGUUAGGACACUGCUCGCCUUCAGCCUGUACUACACGGCAAAGCAGGCUGCACAGCAGCUACCCACUCAGCAACCGCCACGGGACCCUGCCUCCCCCCGGCGCUCACACUCGAGAACAGUUCCCCGGCAUUCAAGAACACCUGAAAAGGUCGUCGAUUGGCUUGAGUUCGAUGGUGAAGUCAGCACUUUUGUGCAGCGCCUGGAUGAUGAGUAUUUCGUCAUCCCAGCUCGCGAUCUUGGAGUUACAGAGAUGUCGGAGGCAGCCAAGGAAGGCCACGUGGAGGCCCCCCUUAUGACAUCGGUCGCCAAGGUCGCCAACCUGCUCGCCGAGUCGCUCGGGUCUCGUGCGAACCUGGUUUCUGGAGGAUCGGGGCGGUCGUCAUCGGACACUGAUGAGGUGGUAGCUGCGAAGCCUCUCCUAGGGCAGGAGCGCACUGACCCGAGCUCUGCAGUUCUCGCUGACGUGGAGGCCAAGGGGGGUUGGCAGCUGCUGCUUCAGCGGGGGGACUCAGUCGUGGUGCUGAUGAACGACGAAAGGGAUCACAAGAAGGUGGCUGCAGCGGUGCAGCAGCUGUUUGGGGACAUGAUAGAGGACGAGGCAGCCUUCGGAGCCUUAACGACCUACUUUGCGACUGUGUUCCUCAGAAGACACCACAACGUGGCGGACAAGACGUUAUUUUGCUCCCGGAUCUUCUGGCAGGACGAGCAGUCCCCGACCGCCUUCGCGGCGUGGGCGACAUUCCUGUACAUCUGCUGGAGGGACAGGGAUCUCAAGGGCGGCCUCAAACGGGAGAAAGUCCCGAUCACGCCCGAAAAGGGCUAUCCAUACGAAGUCCGCCUGCCCCCGACAAAAAGGGGCAGAAUGCGGCAGCCCAAGAUCUUUCACCAGAAGGCGACUAGCUCCAAUACUCCGUCCAAGGGAAAGAGGAAACAUGAGGCAGUGGAUGCGGGGGAGGAGGUUGAGGGGGGGCAGGAGGCAUUUGCGGGAGGGGAGGAGGUCGAACGGGGGCGAGAGCCAGAGGGGGGGGAUGCCGAGGGGGGCCAGGAGCCGAGAGGGGAGGAAAGCCAACGGGGGGAGGACGACCGAGGAGGGAGGGAGUGGACCCAAUGGGGGGGCGAGAGCCAAAGGGGGGGGCAGGAGCCAGCAGGAGGGGGGGAGGCUGAGUGGGGGCGAAAGGCAGAGAGGAGGGACGCCGAGGGGGGGCAGGAGCCAGAGGGGGCGGACGACGACUGGGGGCGGGGGCCAGAGGGAGGGGACGCCGAGGGGGGGCGGAAGGCCGAGGAAAGAGAGGCGGAGGGGGACGAGGCGGGCAUGAAGGUGGAACUGAAAGUGGUCCCCUACCAGGAAAUUGGGUUCACCCCCAAGAUCGUCGCAUGCGGCAGAAACGGGAACAUCUGCUGGGGGAGCAUCGGUGGCGAGCGAGUUGCGGUAAAGAAGUUCGAGCCGAGGAGGCCUCAGGCAACGGAAGCGCUGAAGCUGGAGCUGCUUGUGUACAAGAGCGCAGAGUUCCAGUCGCUCCAGGGUGAAACGAUCCCAAGGCUUAAGUCUUGCGGCCUGCUGCCCCACACGCUCGUCCCCUUCUUGGCGCUAUCCUACGAAGGGGAGCCACUCAAGCACGUGAGAAUGACGCGCAGCAUCAUCGAUAGGGCGACCAGCGCGCUCGAGCGGUUCCACGCUGCUGGGCUCCUGCAUGGUGACCUCAACCUGAACAACUUUCUGGUGAAGGACGGGAAAGUGAUCCUCUGUGAUUUUGAAACGGUUCGGCUGGACGCGCUUCCUCAGGAGCAGAAAAAGGAGCGAGACGCAUUCUUAGAGCUUCUGAACAAGGUGUCCGCUUGAGAAGAUCCUGUGGAGGGUCCUGGCGGACACCAGUACGGGAGCUCGUGCUUCGCUAGCGAGUGAGUGUCAAGUAGCUCUUGGGGGCCAUGCCUUUGCAUCCGGGGCUUACGCAUUUAGUGUGACAGGUGUCAGGUCGUGAAGAGUUUGGCGAAGAGUAUAGCCGAACGGUUUGUGCUUCGAUCAUGCCCGUCUAGGGCACUGCAGCGCCGUCAAGUUCGCCACUCGGAGCAGGCCCAUGCACCUAUGAGAUCUUAUGCAAGACGCGUCCAAGCGGGACAUUGUCGGCCUUGCUGUAUGAUAAUUGUGUGACCUCCAAUGGCUCAAGUCUCUGGAGAUUGUUAGAAUAGGUUACGAUAUGAUGCAUAACCUGUCAAUAGGAUCGAACAUAGAAGGGAGUGUAAAUUGAGAAACCCGAGAGUAGUUUACCGAAGCUCAAAACAGUAGAACAAGCUAGGGAUGAUUGUAUCCACAUGGCUAGGGCGUGGAUCGCUCUUCCUAAGUCAACUCGCUGACUCGUGCAACAAGAUACAUGAUCUCAGUGGUCAUUUCCCUAAAUGAUUGGUACAGAGGCCGAC